CUGACAGUUGUGAAGCAAAAAAAACAACAGAAGAAAACUAAAACAUAAUUAAUAGAGAUAUAUCAAAGUUUGACAGGACAGUUAUCUGUAAUGUAGUUGUCACAUAACUCGGCGAAGAGCGGACACAAGAUUGCAUUUUAAAGCUCGGUUAGCUUCUUCAGGUAACAUACAUUAGCUUGUGGUUAGUUUUGAGUGUUUAACGUUGGUUAAUUUACAUAACAGCCGACCUUACGUCGAUGUGGUACAUGCUAACUUGUUAAAAGCUCGUGAUCGUAGCAAUGGACCGACCACCAAGGAAGACAAAGGUUGUGAAUUACUCUGAAGCUAAAGACUUUGACGAUGAUGAUGAUUUUGCUGCUCCGCCCAGCAAAAGGCCUCGAGAAGAUGUGAGAGGGGAGCACAAUAAAUCACCGAGCGCAUCGAGCACUCGGGAGUCCAACUCGCAACCCACAGAGAGCCAGAAGAGCAGAAGACCAUUAGAUGUGAAAGUGUACGAAAGAGAUCGAGAAGCAGCCAUUACACUAUCCUCUCUCAAUAAUGGAGGCGGGACAAAGGACGAGUCUUCAACCCGUAAAGAUGUCCAGAUUUGUGUUCCGAUUGAUGAAAACACGGAUCCAACUUCUGCACCGCUGUCCAAUUGCAGUGUGGAUUUGACAGCUUUGGGCCUGGAUGAAAUCACAUCAGAAAAAGAGUCAACGUCCAUUUCCAGACAAAGAAAAGCUGCCACUGAGGAGCAGAAGAAGAGGCCUGUGGAUGAAGAUGAAGAUGAAGACUACGUGCCCAAACUGACACCAGGAUCGGAAAGCGAUGACGAUUUCAGUGAACCGGCUGAGAGUGAAGAUGAGGAAUUCACAGUGAAGAAAGUCAGCGAAACAAAAAAGGAGAAAGUUUCCAAGAACGAGAAGACCAAAGCGCCUCCGACCUCUAAAGAAGAAAAGCAACCGCCGAAACCGUCACAGUCUAAAUCGCAGGCAGCAGCAGCUUCCACACCGGUGAGAAGUCCUCCGACACCCAAACUUGCACCCAAAAUCCCUGCUUCAUCGCCCUCAGUUUCCACAUCAACGCCUGCAUUACCUCUGAGCCCCAUGGGGGGCAGAGUACCCAAGUGGAACCCACCAGCUCAAGUUGGGAGUAGUCACACUUCAUCCGGUCCAGCGGUGAAGUCUCCAGGUCAGGGUCUGCGCCUCGGGCUGUCCCGUCUCGUUCGAGUCAAACCGCUUCACCCCGGUGUAUCGAGUCCCUGACCCUUUUGUGUGUGUGCGCACGUGUCAGCCCGUGUCAUCCUUUUUAGCUUUAUUUAAAAAGAAAAGAUGUUUGUAAAUAUUCAGUUCUGUUUCCCCAUGUAAAGCAAUGCUGAGGAUGUCAUUUCCCAUGAUGCAUUGGGAACAUACGCCACUUGCACCGUGCGCUAUUAUUUCACCAGGCAUAGUUCACAUGGAGCUGGCGACUUCUCGAUGUCGGUCAUAAUAACAGUCAUUGUGUCCGUAGAUUUCUUUGUUUUCCGAUGGAAGUCUUUUUUAAAAAGUCUCAUCGUCUCCCCUUCUGUAUACUGUGUGCAUAUAUAUGAAAUAAAAUUUAAAACAAGUUUAA